AUGCUUCAAAGAUUAUGGAGAGAAUGUUUUAAUUUGGGUAAUAUGGAUGACCGAGAUGCAAUUUUCAAUGACCAAGACUCUAAUCAUAAGGCAGAGCGAUCUUUGAUAACUGUAGCAGUUCUAAGUGCUAUAUUCAUUGUUAUCGAAUUCACUGGUGGUAUUUUGGCUCAAAGUUUGGCAAUAAUGACUGAUGCGGCGCAUAUGCUCAGUGAUCUGCUUUCAUUUAUAAUAUCUAUAGUAGCAAUCAGAUUAGCACGUUCUCAAGCAAAUUAUCGGUUCUCUUUUGGCUAUUUUCGAGCAGAAAUUUUGGGUGCUGCAAUAUCAAUUGUAAUUAUUUGGGUUCUCACUUCACUGCUUGUUUUGCUUGCCAUUCAGAGAGUAAUUAAUGACGAUUAUAAUAUUGAUGCAGAUACCAUGAUCGUUACAGCAGCUGCAGGGAUUGUAUUUAAUAUUAUAAUGGGGCUUGUGUUGAGAUACUUUCGUAGUGCUCAUCCGAAGAUGAACCAUAGUCAUCACAAGUCAUCAGAUGUGAAUAUAAAUAUACAAGCGGCUUUUAUCCAUGUUCUGGGUGAUUUCGUUCAAAGUAUUGGUGUUCUAACGGCUGCCAUUAUCAUCAGAGUGACAGGUUGGAAAUUGGCCGAUCCCAUAUGCACAUUCCUUUUUUCCGUCAUUGUAUUGAUAACUAGUGUUACUGUAAUUCGUGAUGUCUUCAUCAUAUUAAUGGAAGGAACACCUACUAAUGUUAGUUAUUGUGAAUUACAAAAGGAUUUGCUAAAUAUAGGCGGUGUACGGACAUUACAUAGCUUACAUGUUUGGUCUUUGAAUGGGGAUACGACAUCUGCAUCUGUCCAUCUAGCUAUUGAUGAACCUGAAAAAGCAACGGAAACGCUAAAAGCAGCAAGCAAUGUUAUGCGUUUCAAACAUGGUAUACCUAUAGUUACGAUACAAGUCGAGCCAUAUGAAAGGUACAUGGUAUCGUGUAAAUUUUGUAAACCAUUGUUGGAAGUGAAUUCUCGAGUUGACAUUUAA